AUGGCCGUUACAUCCGUCCACCGUAUUCUGUCGCGCAACCGAGCGACAGGAAGCGCGCUCGGCGCGCUCUUCCGAUCCGUUGAAACCGGAUCGCAAGCAGGAGCAGCCGCGCCGGCCACGUCACCAAAUGGUGCCGCCGCGCUGGCCAGCCGCCACGUCAGCACCUGCGAUCUCGCGGGAUUUGCGGGAGGUCGUGACGUGGAUGCGGUUCUUAGCGGGGCGGUGUCCCCUUUCAGAAGCUCCGUGACUUGCGCCGCUGCGUCGUCGACGUCGUUUCGCGGCAUUGUUCCGUUUGUUCCGGCGGGAGACGCGGCGGCGAUCGCGGCGCAGUGCAGGCGUGGAUACGCAACCUUCUCCCGAACCAAGCCGCAUCUGAACAUUGGCACCAUCGGCCACGUGGAUCACGGCAAGACCACUCUCACUGCCGCUAUCACCAAGGUACUGGCGGACGAGGGCAAGGCGAAGGCGAUUGCGUUUGAUGAGAUCGACAAGGCGCCUGAGGAGAAGGCCCGUGGCAUCACCAUCGCCACUGCCCACGUGGAGUACGAGACGGAGAAGCGCCACUAUGCACACGUGGACUGCCCAGGCCACGCGGACUACGUGAAGAACAUGAUCACGGGUGCUGCUCAGAUGGACGGGGGGAUAUUGGUUGUGUCGGCCCCUGAUGGCCCCAUGCCCCAGACGCGCGAACACAUCCUGCUCGCCAGACAGGUGGGAGUGCCGUCGCUGGUGUGUUUCCUGAACAAGGUGGACAUGGUGGAUGAUGAGGAGCUGCUGGAGCUGGUCGAGAUGGAGCUCAGGGAGCUGCUCUCCUUCUACAAGUUCCCGGGGGACGACAUCCCCAUCGUGCGAGGGUCGGCGCUGGCAGCACUGCAGGGCACCAACGAUGAGAUCGGCAAGAAGGCGGUGCUGAAGCUCAUGGCAGCGGUGGAUGAAUACAUCCCUGAGCCGCAGAGGUCACUGGACAAGCCCUUCUUGAUGCCCAUUGAGGAUGUCUUUUCCAUCCAGGGCCGUGGCACAGUGGUGACAGGGCGGGUGGAGCAGGGGAUUAUCAAAGUGGGCGAUGAAAUCGAGAUCGUGGGCAUGAAGGCGGGCAACCCCACCAAGACGAUAGUGACUGGCGUGGAGAUGUUCAAGAAGAUCCUCGACCAGGGGCAGGCGGGAGACAACGUGGGGCUGCUCAUGAGAGGAUUGAAGCGGGAGGACGUGCAGCGAGGGCAAGUCGCGUGCAAGCCAGGCUCGAUUAAAACCUCGCAGAAGUUUCAAGCUGAGAUCUACGUGCUCACCAAGGAGGAGGGCGGGCGCCACACGGCCUUCUUCUCCAACUACCGCCCGCAGUGCUACCUGCGCACGGCCGAUGUCACAGGGAAGGUGGUGCUGCCAGACGAAGUCAAGAUGGUCAUGCCGGGAGACAAUGUCACUGCCACCUUUGAGCUGCUUUCCCCGGUCGCCAUCGAAGCAGGCCAACGCUUUGCUCUGAGGGAGGGCGGUCGCACUGUGGGUGCUGGUGUGGUGGCUAAGCUGCUGGAUUAA